AUGAAAUACCGCCAUCGUUUUAAAGGUCGAAAUGUUGGCCGUCGGAUUGCAAAAGGGAAGAGUAGCGAAAGUAAUCCGUCGAUAACUCGACAUCGUGAAGCUGCACGAGCAACUCGUAUUGCCGAGAAAGUACCGUUUAUACCAGCAGAUGAAAGUUAUGGUGUCAAAUUCAACGAUGGGGAUGUGAUGUUGGAACAGAUACCCUUGCAUAAAAUGCAAAUUGAGGAUGCUGAGGAAAAUAAAAGUACUGGAAGCAACUUUUCGGACCUGUCUUCGGCGAAAUCACAACUUUCACAAUUCACAUCAUGCACAAAUCCAACCUUCGAUCCUGUUCACCGUAUCUGGAGAUCAGGAUCAGUAUUGCAAAAUGAAGUGCUUGCCGUGCUUGCGGCAACUGCAGAACUGAUUAAAGAUAAUAAUGGAACAGAAAGUGAUGCUGAAUAUUUUGCCGAGCUUUUGACAGUUAUCGAAGCAAUGCCUGCGGUGGAUGAAUCGAAAUUAGCUGCAGCUGCUUAUUUGUUAGGUCUUGUCGCCAGAAAAAUCGACAAAAGUGUGUCACGCAAAUGCUUCUCUAGGGCACAUCAGAUUCUGGAAAAUAAGCUUGAUAGUACUCAGCUGGAUGUUGCUCUAGCGAAACUUAUCGUUACAUUAGGAACGAUUGUGCAUCAACAACCUGCCAGCAUUUGGCAGAACAGUAAUAUCAGGCUAUUAUUAGUGAAAAUUGAAUUGUUUGCGAUCCAUGACAAGUCUUUGGUUCGCGCCGCAGCUCGACGAUUUCUACGCACCAUCCUCAAUGAUCCUGUUAUGAUUACAUCUAAUGGUUACCAUCGGGGCGCCAGUGUUGUUGGCGAAAUAUUAAUCAAACAAAUGGAGCAGAGUGCUGCCAAUGUAAACACUGACUUAUUACUUCGGUUGUUAUGUCUGGCAGAAAAUGUUAUGUAUAAAAUGCCAUCUUUAAUAUUCAAAAAGUUUACGGAGGCGGCAUUUGUAUUGCUGUCUAUUUCGGAUUCUAAUCUGAGAUGCACAAUUUUCCAAUGUUUCCAAAAAAUUCUGCGGCAUCAGCCUGCUGACACAACUUUACCUUUCAAUGCUAAUGUUCUUCUGAUUGAUUUGUUGCGUAAUUUCGCGUCGAGAACUAUGGAUGUCUCUGUUACAUGUUUUUGGAUGGAGGCUCUCUGUGAAUCGCAUCUUUGUCUUGCUGCGAAAGAUUUUGCGAAGUCACUGGCAACGCUGAGAGCUUCAUUGAAACCGAUUUUCCAAACAUUCGAUUUGGGAAUAGAUUCUGUUGCCCUGAUAACUUGCAAAGUAAUUGGUCGCAUAAUUGAACAUUGUGUGCAAUCAAAUGAGGAAUUAGCAAGUUAUUCUGUCGAUCUAUGUGAUGAAGCUUUUAAUCCACGAAGCACUGCAGUGUGGCGAUAUGUUCUUCGCGCUGAAACAAGGAUAUUCGAAAUUUCUAAAAGUGCUAUUAACCAAGAAUCGUUUGCGCGUGCAUUGAAAACUCUGGCGGGAUUGCGCAACGAUGAUAAUCGCUGUAUUAUACCUGACAUUGACUUGACUGUUGGAGCAGCAGUACGACAUAUUGGUGCUGAGAACGUCUUGCGGGUGUUGCCGUUGGAGCUGGACCCUCAAAAUGUGGCAUUGGUAACACAGUUCGAAAGAUCUUGGCUUAUGCCUAUCCUGCGCUUAAAUAUUUGCAACCAGUCAAUUGCUCUUGCAUUGCAGUUUUUUUUACCAUUAGCACAUCGACUUCGAAAGGAAGCGCCAAGUGAUGUUAUGCGGCAGAAAAUUUUCAUUACUAUCAGUGACCAGUUGUGGGACUUAUUACCGAGUUUAUUGAGUUCAGCAACUGAUUUCGAGAAGAAUUUUCCUCACUUGGCGGAAAUUUUGGGUAAAGUUUUACUUGAACAACGGGAUCUGCGUCUGUCAGUAUUAUCUUCACUUCGUAGUGCACUUCGUUAUGCGCUCCAGCCGGAUGCGACAGAAGCAAGAAAGGAUGUAAUGCGAUUUUUUGCAUACAGUUUUCUGCGAAAGUUAUUUACUUUGUACACCGUAUCCAAUAUUACCAUGGAAUCUAUGCAAUGCAUAAGUGGAAAUAGUUUGAAAACCUUGCGAUGCUCAGUUUUGGAAACUAUUCGCAUUUAUGUGGACUUAACUCCAAAUAAUGUGAUUGAUAAUUUCAUAAAUUUGGCUGUUGAAAAGACACAAAUCAAGGAAAUGGAUUUGGACCAAAAAAUUCGAGUUUUGGAUCUUAUGGCAGUACUCGUGAAGAAAGCAAAUGUGUCGGGAUUGAGCAAUGUGUUUUCGACAAUUCAUCCAUGGUUUACAAGCAGCGAAGUGGCACUUCAGAAAAAAGCAUUCCGAAUUUUGGAAGAAAUUAUGAAACGAAUGAAUGAUGAAGCUGUAGCGAACUUUUUUUCUUCAUGCGCCGAUGAAAUAAAUAAUGUGCUUGAUCAGGAUUUAGAUAAUAUUGCGAAGAGUGCGCGAGCAGCGUUGAUUGCUGUGUAUUGUGUCAAAUUGUCUUCAUUGACUUCAUUUGAACACGCAGAAAUUUUUGGAAAAAAGUUUGUUCGAAGGAUUAUUGUCUGUCUCGAUAAGUCACAUAAUAUUCGAACACGUUCAAAUGCACUGAAAUGUUUCGUGAAAGUGUGUCAGCAACUAAUACUUUUGGGUUCAGAUGAGAGCAAGAGUCCUUCGAGUGUAAUUCAUCCAGUAUUGAAUAUAAUUUUUGGUAUGUUAAAUCCAGAAGGUUUAUAUCCAAAUGAAGAUCCACUUGAAAUCGUGCGAUCAUCAACCAUUGCUCUCAAUGUCAUAGCGCAGAAAUUCACUCGCGUUUUGGAUACUUCACUGCUGAGUCGCCUUAUAUCGCAUGCAUGCAACUGGAUUGGUGAUGAACGCCCAGUGAUAAGAGUGCUGAUUAUCAGAUUGUUACGAAUGCUGGCAAAGAAAUUACCAGACUAUACAAUGCAGCAAUAUCAGGAAUUGCUACUUUCGGCUGUGUUCGACGGUCAGUCGAUGGCAAAUAUUACACAAAAAAUCCGCAAAGCGAAUAGGCUUCUACUUGAAGUUUUAGUCGACGCAUAUGGUGUUGAAGUUUUGAUGACUCGAACAAAUAAAUUGGAUUGGACUAAGCAACUAAAAGCAAUUGCUAAAAUAAGACGUCGCCGUGGACAUCGAAAUGGAACGAAAGCACGAAAUAUAGAUAUCAUUGGAGAGCAAGACCAUGAUGUGGUAUCAGUAGCCUCAAGUGCUCGAACUGCGGGUGCAGAUACAAUACUAAAUAUGCUUUGUGAUACUGACGAUGAAGAUGAAGUAGAAAUGGAUCGUGAAUCGAUUGGAGGUCGAACACGAGGCAACUCGAUUUGGUUAAAGAAUGAUGAUGAUGAAGAUAUGAUGGACCUACUCGAUCGAAACAAAAUACUAGGAAAGAUUGCCACAACUCGGCCUAAUCUGUUGAAAGCUAAAAAAUUGAAGAAAUUGAAUGAUAAUGAUAAUGACAAGUGCAGCAGUGGUUUCAAAAUGGCGAAAGAUGGACGAUUAAUAAUUGAAAAUUUGGAUACAAAUCAGCAGGACAAAAGGAAACGAAAGCAAUUUGCAAAAUUAUUAGAUAUGCCGGACAAAAAGAUGAAAAGGGACAGUGAUUCGAACAGUGACAGUGAUAGUGACUACGACAACAACAGCAGAAUCAUAAAUAAGAACAAGUCUGGUCGGAAAAUUGGUGGGAAAAGUAUUCAUAGGAAUGUUUGUAAAAGUUCCACUGGCAUUACAUUUGACAAUGAAUUUUCAAAGAGACGAGCUGCUGAAGAUGUCAGGAAAAAGAGUGAAAAAUAUGAGCCAUACGUAUAUAUACCGAUCAAUAAACGUAAAAGAGGAAAGAACGAACUGAAGAUGUUAAUAAAAGGGAGAAAGAAAGGAGCUGCAGUUGCUUCGAAAGCAAAGAAAGUGCGUUGCUGA